AUGGCAAGACCGGGGCACAACGCCGGUGAACAAAACAUAUGGACAGCAAGUCGUGAUUCAUCGGGCAGACCUACACAGCGCAUUGGUAGCCAAGGCUCUGGCGCUAGAAAACGUGGAGCUAGGUUAGACUCCCGUGUCUCGGCGAUCCAGUCUUCUAGCCCUGCCGCCGUGAUGCUAGAGGAUGGUACCGUGGUUACGGGAAAUGUCAUUAUCGCAGCCGACGGGAUCAAGUCUGUUAUCCGUGGUCAGCUCUGA